AUGGCGCACCAAGCACACAAUAUACCCUGGAAUGUCUUGGCCGCAACCCUUCAACUGAAGAAAGUCAAUCCUUGCCAACAUGAUGCUAAGAACUUCCAUGUACGCAAGCAGCCAGACGUCGUCAAGAAGCUGACCUACUUCACCAAUGCUUUCGUCGCCAACGUUCUGGAUCACGCACGUUGUGAUGGUGCCAAGUAUGCCGAGUCAUGUGUCGCGGAUCCCAACCCGGAAAAAGACGACAUCAUCUUGACCGAUCUUGUGGCCAAGAAGAUUGAAGCGACCGUCUACCGAUGGCGCCUCGAUCACACCUCGGAAGACGAGUUCGGACCCGUUCAACACCCACAGAGAAAGGAGCUAUGCCAGCAUGACGAUGAGGCGACAGUAUGCCAAUGCCCUCUGCCACUCAAACGGAGAAAACAGUCUGCUUUCCAGGAACAAUACUCGAACAACCCCUGCUACAACUUCUUCACCUGUAACGGAGAUGGCUUUUUUAGCGUCGAAAUUGUCAAGACGUUGCUGCUCUACGGGGAAAUGGAGACGCUUCUUCGCAUCUGCGCUGGUCCACGUGUCGACUUAAGCCGCUGGUGGGAACGAUCGAUAUGUCAAUGCGAGAUUGCAGACGCCGGAUGGGGCGAGAUCUGUAGGCUCGCCAUGUACAGCUACAUUCUUCUCAACGUCUUGCACUGCUUCCCGGAAACUUGGGACAAGGCGGGAGCUACCAUUAACGACUACACCUCCGCCAAGGUCUAUCAGUACGUCGUUCAUCGUUGCACCAAAUCUGGCUGGACAGCGUCUGAUGUUCCCACUUAUCCGCAUCGACAAUUCUUUGGUAUCGAAAACGGCCAGUUCAGCAAUCACCCCGAACCUCGCGACAUGGGACGCUGGGGUCACCUUCUCGAGGGUCGAUAUCAGAGACUGAGUUACUACCCAUAUGGACUAAUGUCCUAUAGUGAAUUAUUAGCCUUUGAGAAGCCUGUUGCAUUCCAACCGAGUUCCGGCGAUGUAUCACAUGUUAGAUGGGUCUUGUGCCAAAAGGGUCUCCCAGUGGAACUGUCUAACUCCAUUCUUGAAAGGGCUUCAUACUCUCCGCAACGGCGCCUUCCAGUCCCAGAUCACCCUUUACAUCCGGAAAACCGUGUCGAGCUAGACAAAUAUUUGAAAUAUUGCUGGCGACUGAUUAUCGGAUGCGCAAUGAUGGGGCAAGCUCUAGGGAUGGAAAUGAACCAUUUCUUAGGCAAGAUGGUCAAGAAGAGUAUUCAAGAGCUAUUUGGAUGCAAGUGCCGUGUUCUGUUUGAAGACAGGUAG